UAACGCCUUCAACUAUCGAUAAUUCCAUGAUGAAAGCAUGGAAAUGUUUUGAUCAUAAACAUAACCUAGACUUUUUUAAAUUUUAAAUAAAUUUAAAAAACAACAUUUUUUAUAAAAAUGGAUAUUCCAUGGAAUCAAUUAAAUUUGCAAAGGCCACCAACAAGUUCCUGGAAAACAACAUCAGAUAAAUUUGAUACAAGAAUUUUUGUAAAUACAUUAAACAAAAUAUACAAUGACAUAAAAUCACAAAAUAUUUUAUGCAGUGAAGCAACGAUAUUAAGUCGGUUAAUAUACAGAAUGAAAACAAAAUUCAGAAAUGACAAGGGUUUGAAAAAUAUGGAAAAAGUAAAUCGCGCAUUACUUAAUUAUUUAAAACUGUCACUGGAAAAUGAAUACAAGUAUUUGAUUGACAAUGUUGUAAUUAGUGAUACUGUCAGCUUACCUACAAGACAAAUGCUCCAGUAUGUUUUAACAAGAACUCAGGGAUUUGCCAAAUUGAUGUGUAGAAUUGAAAAUGUUUCAAAAUGUGCAGCGACAUUUUUUAGAGCGAGAAUUCAAAUUGGACAUGCGUGGACUCCUUCGACUAUAGCUUACGCAGUUCUCUCAAGGAUAUGGAUACUGUCUAGGCAUCUGGUAAAUAAAUGUUGUGUUUGGUACAAUAAAAUAUAUCCAUUUAAUGAACGGUUGGAAUUGGUUGGGAUUCAGUGGAUGCCUUCAAAUUAUUCUUUACCAGCAGAUUUGAAACAAUGGCUGUGUUUAUCGUGGACUGAUGAGCCGAUUCAAUGUUUACCAAUGGAUGGAAAUUCAUCUGAUUCCAUAUUCAGUUUAAUUAAACCUCAAGAUGAAUUAACUGAUGAAAAAACUGAUGAUUUAUUAAUCUGUGAAAAUAAUAAUUCUCAAGAGCAACUAAAAAAAGUACAAGAAAAUCAAGAGAUUUCUUUUUCUUCAAAUGAUGUUGGUGUUCCUAUAUCACGUGAAUCUUUUUCAUCGACUCCGGAAGUCAAAAAAUCAUCGAAGAAAUCUAAGAAAAUAAAUAUAAAAAAUAUUAAAACAGAGGAAGAUUUAAAUUUACUGCUGACGCUCGAUUCUUAUCCAGGAAUGGAUAAAUUGCAGUGGAAUAUUAUGAAGAAUACGAUAAAUAAAAAAUUAAUAAAAAUUAAAAAAUUUAACAAAGAAGAGAAGAAAAAACUUUUACUAGAAAAAACAAUUCGAUUAAUAAAAAAAAACUUAAUCUGAUAUAUUAUUAUUUUUUUUUUAAUUAAGGUAAAAUUUAAUUGUUAAAUUUUUUACAUAACUUGUAUAUAUUUAUAUUUAAUUUACUACCGUAAAUAAAUUAAUUAUGUUAAAUAAAAAAUUAUAAAAAGUGGGUGCGCGUACUUUUGUACGCGCGUUAAAAUUUAAACUUAA